GUGUUUUACUGUUUAUUAAUUUACAAGAGAUCCGAACAUUCAAGUGUGUUAUUCGCAUACAAAAGUUUUUCCGAGAUAUCUUAUAAAUUCUUCAGAUUUUGUGAGGUAAGUUUAUUAGUUUAAACUAAUUAAGUAUUAAUUAAUAAUUUUGUGUUAAAAGACAUUGGAUAUUAAUGGCGUACAUAUGUGGGUUGGGUAGUAAGAUCUAAUCUUUUUAAAUUAACAUAAAAUAAUAAAUUAUUAUAUUUUAAUUAUUUAUUGUAUUGUAUAGUUCUGGUAACUGUUCAAUGCUUUAAUGCAUAUCUAUUGUGGUAAUAAAAAUAUAGGUUCCCAGUGUCUUUACAUUAUAUGUGAAAACAAAUUUCAGAAUUGCCGUAAGUGCCCACUCAUAUACACACACUAAUGCACUAUAUUUUAUAAUUUAUCCUAUUCAUAUUAUUGUUUCUUUCUGAAAACCAUUUGAUUGUAAUAUUUAUUUAUAACAUAGAAAGCUAAUCAUCUAUCAUUAUGUUCAAAAUGUUUUUCAUUUUUUUCUUUCUAUCUAAUAAUUAAAAGACUUGCAUGUUUAUUAUAAACGUUUUGUGUACUUAUACUAAUGACAUAUUUAAAAAUACUUAACUGCUAUGAGCUUAGUAAAGUUUUGUAUUUAAUUUUUUAUAUUAACUAUUAGUACUUAUACCUAUAUGUUUUAUUGUUAAUAAAAAUUAUAGUUAUAAAAGGGAAGGUAGGUUUUUGUGUAUUUUUUUUAAACCAACAAAAUAAUCCACAUAUUUUGAAUUUUACUGUACUUAUCAUUAGAAACCAAUUUAUGCUCCCUUUGUUAAAUAAUUAAAUUAAAACUUGUUUAAAUUUUCGAGUUUUGAGCAUUUCAAACAUUUGUUUAGAGUUACCUACUCGGUAAAAAUUAAAUUAUGGUGGUAGGUACUUAUAUUUUCUUCUUCUUCUUCUGGCAAUCCUACUCUCUAAGAGUUUUAGCCGCCAUUACUACACUUCACCACCUAUCCCUAUCAUGGGCUGUCUCUCUCCAGUUCUCAACUCCAAGGAUUUUUAAAUCUUAUUCUACUACGUCUAUCCAUCUUUUCCUAGGUCUGCCUCUUGGUCUUUUACCUUGUGGCUUCCAUUCCAAUGCUCCUCUAACUACUUCGUUCUUUUGUCUUCUCAUUGUGUGGCCUAACCAUUGUAUUCUUUGACUCUUGAAGCUUGUUACUGGUGCUAAAUCCAACGUAUCGUACAGCUCUCUAUUGUACUUAUAUUUUAAUUAUUAAAAAUGUCUACCAUUUAUUUAAUUAAAAAUUGGCAACUUAGAAUAUUAAAACAACCAAACUAUUUUCUUAGGUAGAUUGUAUUUAGUUACAAAUUAUACUCUCUUACAAUCAUCGUUAAUAUUUGUAAAAUUUUAUUUUAAUUUAAUUUUAUGUACAAACACAAUAACUAAAACCCACAACUACCCUAUUACAAUGAUAAUUCAACAGACACCAGUUUAGGUUUAUUGUUUUAUGGCAAUGAUAAAUAGUACUUAUAAAAUUUCUAAUACAAUAGUUUUUAUUACUAAUCAAUAGAUAGGCUAUUUUACACAAUUUUUAAGUGAAUUAAUAAAGUUAUUUUAAAGUUUUAAAGUUUUUUGUGUUUAGGGGAUAAAAAUGAAAAUUUAUUUUUUCUCAAAUCGCUGUCCCCCCUCCCCCAAGACAAACCAAUUGGAAAAAAAAAAAGAAUCGAAAAAAAUUUAAAAUUAACAACGCUAGAAAAAUCACGGUGGAAAACACUAUAUAAGGAAAUUUUGUAAGGAGUUACAUUAUUUAGGCAAUCUUAAAUAUCUUUUCAAGAGUAAUUUAAAUGUGAUAAAUACUUAAACCCGUGAUAUCAAAGACAAAAAGAUCUAGUUCAUAAUUAUUAUAAAUAUAUUUUUACCAGCACUAAUUUAUUAUGUUAUAAUCUUAAAUGUUUUGUACAGUGAUAACUGAUAACAAUUCUACUAACUGAGUAAUAUUCAUAGUUUUCACUUGUAUUUGCUUAUAAAACAGGUACAUAAAGAUAUAAUUGAAGACCUAUCACGGAGAUCGGUGUAUGUUACAAAAAUUUCAGAAUCCGUUUUAUUACAUUAAUGGAUAAAACUCAGUGUUGCCAAUACAUUGAGGUACAUAUUGUAUGAAUACGAGUUCAUUAAGAACUCCGAAAAUCGAUUGCAAGAUGGCUGUUUAUGUGUUUGAAGUUGUUGACGUUUGUUGAAAUCGAUGUAUGUUACGUCUGAUAAAAUAAUCGGUAUGACACUACCUAUUAGUAAAUGCGUAAAAACUUAGGUAUUUCGUUUCUCGUUUCAAUAAUAAUUAAAGUGAAUUAAAUUAAUGAACCAUGUACUAAACACGCACAUACACCGAUCUCCGUGAUAAGUCUUCAAUUAACACAAAUGUGUUGUUUAACUUUGUUAUAAAAUCAAUCUUUUAUGUAAAAAAAAAAAAAAAUAGAUGAGUUAUUGGUGAACUACUGAUUUUUUUAUGCUGGUAAUGAGUAGUAUACCUACAUGUUAUUACAAAAUGUAUUUUAAUUUUUAAUUUCCUUUUUUUUUUUUUCAGGGUUCCUUUCAAAAGUCAUCAAAAUUGGAAAUUAUCAUUUACGUAAAUAAACUUUCAAAAUCAAAAUGGUAUGCAUAUUUAUGUUUGUUGUUUUCUAUUUUCGAUUCUAACUUAGACUUUUUAGAUAAUUUUUUCCUGAACAAAUACUUAUUUGGUAAAAUAUUUUUAGAUUUGGAGUGUAGGGAUGUAUUGGUUAUACAAUAAUGUUUUUUUUUUGUCUGUGAACAAUUUUUUGCUAGACAUUUCGCUCCAAUUUUCAAGUCUAAUACCUGACUGAAGGAAAUUUUAUCUGGGUGGUACUUAAAGGAGGCCAUUUUUUGAUUUUCCAAGUGGUUUCCAUAAUAAUUUGCAAUAGCAAUGGUUUAUUCGUCUGUAUAGAUAUAAAUUAAAUUCCUCUUUAUAUCCUAUCUCCCCAACUUUUCAUCUACAACAGUCAUCCACCCACUGUUUAGCAUGUAAACCAUUUAACCUAUAACUGCAAUUAUUAUACAAUUAAUUUUUACUGUAACAUUUAAACGUACGAGGGCGUACCCCCAAAAAAACUGAACUAUUUUUGUACAAAGUUAUUUAUUUAAUUUUUUUACAAAAAACAUUUAAUCUCCUUCAAAGUACUCUCCGUUGGAGUUAAUGCACUUAUCCAGUCUUUUGUUCCAAUUUUCGAAGCACUUUUUAAACUCAUCUUUUGUGAUGCCUGCCAACGCCUCUGUCGUUUUUUUUUAACUUCAUCAAUGUCUGCGAUACGCUUUCCUUUCAUGUUCCUUUUCAUUCUGGGAAAUAAAAAGAAGUCGCAGGGAGACAGGUCGGGUGGAUGAGAUACAGUGGUCAUAUCAUUUUUGGUCAAAAACCGCCGUACAGAAAGGGCUGUGUGAGCAGGAGCAUUGUCUGAUGAAAAAACCAGUCUCCUGACUGCCACAAAUCAGGUCUUUUUCGCCUCAAACUGUUGCGUAAUCUUUUUAACACCUCUAGGUAAAAUGGCUGGUUAACUGUCUGACCAGGUAGAACAAACUCCAAAUGGACGACUCCUUUCACAUCAAAAAAACAAAUUAGCAUUGUCUUAAUGUUUGACCUCACUUGACGAGCUUUUUUAGGGCGAUGCUGGAGUCUUCUAUUGGCUCGAUUGUUGCUUGGUUUCAGGAUCAUAUCCAUAACACCAUGAUUUGUCACCUGUAAUGACCUUUGAAAAGAAGUUUGGGUCAUUUUGGAAUUCUUCUUUCAAAGAAGAGCAUGAUUCCACAUGGUCUUAUUUUUGCUGCUCAGUUAGCAGUCUAGGAACAAAUUUUGCAGCCAUCCGUCUCAUCCCCAAAUCUUCACUUAAAAUUCUCUGUACUGAACUCUAUGUCACACCAGAUCUCUCCACUACUUCUUCGAUGGUUUGCCGUCGAUCUUCCAUGAUAAUUUUGUGAAUUUUUUUCUUUGGUUUACGCCAACGAAGGACGNCUAGAUCGAGCUUGGUCGUCUAUCGACAUUUCACCACUUUUGAAACGGGAAAACCACUCAAAUACUUGAGUUUUCCCUAAAGCAUCACCUUUGUAAGUUGUUUUCAACAUCUCAAGGGUUUCUGUACCUAUUUUCCCGAGCAGGAAGCAAAACUUGACGGCUGUGCGCUGUUCACGCAAAUCAGCCAUUACAAAAACAACGAGUACGAAAAAUAACUUUUAAAAAAAAUAUCACACCAACAUAACACAACCUUCCACAAUGACGGCCAUUGACAUAUUGAAUGUUGAGAAGUAUAUUUAUUAGCUCCUAUCGGAAAAAAAAUCGGUACUACUAAAACUGUCCUACACAACAUCAGUUCGGUUUCUUUUGGGUACGCCCUCGUAUAUAUAAUAUAGAGAAUCUGAUUGUAAUUAUUCUUUAUUAGUAUUUGAGUUUAGUCUACUUCUCAUUUUUAGUUUAGUUUUUGAUUUAUUUAUAUUGUUAAGGUUAUUUCUUUAAAACCUUUAAUGUACACAUAUUAACACAAAACUACCAAAUGCAUUUGUAUGUUUAAUAUACUGUUUUAUAUUAUAUCUAUUACUGAUAUAUUAUAAUUUCAUUAUUCCUUAUUUUUACAGAACAAAUUUUGUCAAAAAUAUUCAGACUGUGAAGACUCCGUAUCAGAAAUUGCUGAAAUAUUAUCCGAUGAUGAUCCGACUAAGUAAAUAAUAUAUUCAUUUAUUGUCAUUUCUUUUUUUGGUUAAUUAACACAAAAGCAAUUAUCUAAUAUAGAGGUAGGCAACAUCAUUUUUGGUGUCUAGGGCCAAAAAGUAAAAAUAUUUUUUUCACAGACUAUAAUCAGAACACAUUUUAUUUUAUUUAACUUUCAAGUAAAUGCAAAUUUAGUGUAUAGAUAAAUGCUCCACUGGCAUUCAAGCUAUACUAACCACAUUAUCAUACAUCUAAAUUAGUUACUAGAGAAUACCUAGAAGUGCCCAUAAUCUGCACAGAUUUAUUUAUUAAUUUUAUCUUAAAUGUGGUGUGAAUACUACUUACCCGCCCACCAGAAGGUUUAACAAAAGUUUAUAGUUAUAUCAAAUUUAAUUUAAGUUUAUCAUCAUUUGAUAUAUUAAUUUAACAAGUUUUAAUAAACAAACUUAUUAUUAUGGUAAUAAAACAUCAUAAUAAUGAAAGUAAAAGUUAAUGUAAUUUUUAAGUUUGAAUAGCAUCAACCAGUUUAUUGAUUGUGGGUAUGAUAUUCAAUGAAGACAUUUUCUAUACUGGAUUUAAGUGAACACUGGAACAUUUUAAAUUAUAUUUGCUCUUUUGAUAUUUCAUUAGAGCAAAAGUUUGCUCAGAAAUCGCCUGCCUCUACUAAAAAGGUCAUCUAACUUUUUUGGCGGAGAGACAAAAUAUAGAUUAAAUAAUUGUGGGAUAUUUUUUUGUUAUUUUUAAAUAUACCCACUGUUUGUAAUGCCUUUUAUACUACACAUAUCUACUAACUCUUCAUUAAUAUUAAUAGUAGAACUGUGUCAGAAAUGUCUGUGCUCUUUUUUAAUAACUAUCAAAAAACAAUUUAAUGGCAGAAUGAUCUUCAGGGUACCUACCUAAAAUACAUCACCCAUUAUAAGAUAAAUACUUAAAGAUAGAAAGAAAAAUUUCCAUUUUUAAUUAAUAUAUAUUUCAUAUUUUUUGGUGGUGUAAUAACAAAUAAGAGUGACAGGGUGAUAAAUUUAGUACAGCCUACAAAUGGGAGGUGAUAAUAAACAACUACCAAUUAGUUUUAUAGUUUCUGCACAUACUGCAUUCACUAUAGCUAACAUGUAUUUUAAGAUGCCAGUUAUUUAUAUUUUAAAAUAAAUUUUUAUUUAAAUUUUGAAGAGUGUCAGCUUUUUGUCAAAUUUGUUUCAAUACACUUAAAAAUAAGUCUUCUAAAUUUUAAACUCAUUUAAUAUAUUUAACAUCUGCUAAACUUAAGCUCAAAGUUCUAUGAUAGAGGGUAAAAUUGUAAUUUUUUGUUUAUCCUUGGUCAAUUUUGAAAUUUAAGAAAAAAAUUGUAUAGAAUCAUUAUUAUAGAUCUAUUAAUUAUAUACACAUAAGUAUCUUAAGUAUUUUUUUGGUUUUGUUAACUAUUUCUUUUGAAAUAAAGAAAAAUUUACAGAAAAUAUUUAUUUGAAGAUUAUCUUUUUAAAUUUUAAAGAUAUCAAUAAAUAGUACAUAAAUAUUAUUGUAGUACUGUGUAAUUCUUUAAAAUAUUUAUUUCUAAUAGGUAUGUUUUCAAAAUAUUAACCUUAGUAGAAUUAAUACAAAUUAAUUUUCAAAUUUGUAAAAUAAUAAUAGAAAAAAAAGAAAUAUCAAAUUUAUUAAAAUAUAAUUUUUUAUGUUUGUUUAAUAUUGGUGUUGGGUAUUUUAGAUUCUGAGUAGAGCGAAGAAACUCAUGGUUUUACAAAGAUGUUUAUUUUUUUUUUUAUCUGUUAAUAACUUUUCUACCAGAAGACUGCUCAGAUUUCUAAGUGUAACACUUUUUUGGAAAGAAAUUUGGUGUGGAGAGGUACUGUAGAGAGGUUAUUUUUUGAUUUUCUCAAGAGUUUUCUCAUCAAAUUUGAAAAAUUUAAAAAAAAAAACCAGGAAAAUAUAAGAAAUGUAAGCAUUAGUUAAAAUAUAGUAUAGCCUUCUUUUUUUCUGUGAACAACUUUUCUACCAGUUAUUUAGUUUCAACUUUUAAUAAUAAAUUUUUUAUUAUUUCCUCACCAUUUUUAAAAUUGAUUGAACUCUCUCAGGUUUCAGGUUGGGUUUUUAAAAAAAAAUUAUAUUUAUAUUAAAUCAUUUAAACAUUUUGUGAGAUUUUCCACCAAUGAGUUUUAUCAAUAUUGUUUUAUUAUCAUCAUUUAAAAACCAUUUAACCAUUAACAUCAGACUUUUUUAAAAAUAACUUCAUUCAAGUUUCCUUGUCUUAUUAUAUUUUUGUCUUCUUUAUGAGAUAUUCUAGUGGUCAAAUUAGUUUUAUCCAAAGUAUGUCGUUGAGUUUGAAAUUUUUUAAAGAAUGGAAUAAUUGUGCCAAAUAUGAGGCCAUAUUAUAAAUUGAAAAAAUUAUUGGGAAAGUUCAAUUAAUUUUAAAAAUGGUGAGUAAAUUAUAAAGAAAUUAAAAGUAGUAAAUGAUGCAGUAGAAAGAAGAAUUAAAUUAAUUGAAGAAUUUGAUAAAAAAAUAACAUAAGACAAAGAACAGAGGUAAUUAUAUUAAUUUGGAAAAUAUCCAAUACCAAUAUUAAACAUGCAUAAAAAACUACAUUUGAAUAAAUUGAAUAAAGUUAUAAAUGUUUUUAUCAUUUUAUUUUUCUGUUUAAAAUAAUUACACAAUUUUUCUUUUUUUUUUUUUUAAAUUUCAAAAUUAAUUUAAUUUUUAUUAAUUCUACAAGGGGUAAUAUUUUGAAAACAUUUUAGAAGUAAAUAUUUUAAAGAAAUACACAGUACUAUAAUAAUAGUUAUGUACUAUUUAUUGGUAUCUUUAUAAUUUAAAAAGAUAAUCUUCAAAAAAAUAUAAGCAAUAAGCAUAUUCUGUGUAUUUUUCUUUAUUUCAAAAUAAACAGUUAACAUAACGAAAAAAAAUACAUAAGAUACUUAUUUGUAAAUAAUUAUUAGGUCAUUAAUUAUGAUUCUAUAAGAUUUUGUUUUCAAAAUUGAUGACCAAGGAUAAACAAUAAAUUAAAAUUAAGGAGACCUAUAUUAGGUGUAUUGAAAAAAUUUCCUGACACUACUUAAAUUUUACAACUUCAAAAACAACUGGCACCCUAAUGUAUUUUUUAAAAAACUUAAGUGUCAGUGAAUGCGUUAUUGCUUUUUGCUAAUAUUUCAAAAACUACAUAACUUGCUCAUGUAGAUGAUUUGCUAUAUAUAUAUUUUAAGAUUUGAAAAUACUUUACUUGCUACAGGGAAUUUAAAAAAAAUUUUUUUUUUUUUCUUAAUUUGCCACUUAAGUUUUAAAAUUUUGCCUUAUGCUCAUUUUUGUAAUAUCGCAAAUUACAAAUUAAAUAUAAUAACUUGCCACUAUUUGAUUAAAAAAAAAAAAAUGGUCGAUCCAAUUUUGUAAUAAUUGUUAUCGCAAUAAAGAUGUAUUCAAUAAUCACCCAGUGGAAUGGCAAAUUACAAAAUUAACAAACAAAAUAAAAAUGAAAGGAUAUAGGUUGUUACUCAACCCUAGAUUAUUAUAUUUUUUAUUUAUUUUUCAAAAUAUAGUUUUUAGAAGUGAAUUAUUGAGAUGUAUUUUGACAGGAGACCUAUUUAUAUAUUUUUUACCUUUUCUGUUAAAAAUGUAUUUUAAAUAUGUAAUUUAUUUUUUUACACUGUUUCUUAAAAUGAUUUUGUAGAUUGAUAUUUGAUUCUUUACAGGCAUGGAAAAAUAAUGAAGACACUUCAUUCGUUAGGUUUUCAUAAAGUCAAAGAUUUAGCCCGAACAACAUUACCGAAGUUCAGUGAAUUGGAUUUAGGUGAUAACACAUUAGUUCAACUUUAUAGUGCUAUGCUGGUAACUACCGAAAUUUAACAAAUUUAUUAUUUUAAUACAAUUUUGAUUAUUUGUUUUGUUUAUUUACAGAAUUAUGAACAAAAUCAGAGUAAGUUGAUUUUUAAAAAUAGUAAUAUUAGGGCUAUUCAUAAAAUAAGACCUUCAAUUUUUGUAAUCAAAGAAAAUACAUGUUGCACACUAUUCAUCAUGGACAUCUGUAAUUUUGUUUUUAAACUCUAGCAAAAUUUUCGCACAUAACUUCUCAAAAUUAACUUCAUAAUUUCUUUAGAUGAACUGUCUUGACACACAACAAAACAAAUUGCAGAAUGUAACUCACUUAGAAGGAGGGUGAAUGGAAACUUAAAAACUGAAAAAAUAAGUGUCACAGACAUCUCAGAAUAGUAUUAGUUUAUAGGAGGGAAGCACAUCAAUGUUGUCAGAUUUUUUUUGUUCAAACCUUCCUUACAACUUUAGCGCAUUAGAAACAUAAUUUUACAUACACCUCUUGUAUAUUUUUAUUUAAUUUCCUUUCUUAUCAAAAUUAAUAUUUUAAAAAAGCUGUCCUAGGAUAAUGGGGACAGGUGCAGCCACUGUUAUAAGUAUUUUAAUGUAUAUCUGUUGGCAACAAUCAACCAUUGCUAACAGAAAAAAUGAUUCUGAUCAGAAUUCAGUGGAUAGUGUAGUUACUUUAUCAACAAUAUAUAUGUUAUAUUAUAGUAAAAUAAUUAUAUAGGCAAUAUAUAUUCUUUAAAAAUAUUUGUUCAAUAUUGUACCUAUUUUCACAGAUUUCCCAUUUAUUUAGAAAACUAGUGAGAAAAUAAAAAAAUUUACCUCUCUAAAGUAUCUCGUUAUUUAGAUUUCCUUUCAGAAAGUUGCUACACUUUAAAAUCGGAGCAAGAUUUGUGGUAAAAAAGUUAUGCACAGAUAAAAAAAAACAUAUUUGUAAAACUAUAAGCUUCCUUACUUCAUUCAGAAUUUAAAAUAUAAAGUUAGAUUUAAUUUUGUUAACUACUAAACUAUUUACAGUUAAUACUAUAUAUAACAUUUAAAGGAACCAAAAAUAAGUUAGAUAUAUCGAAAGUUUGUUACAUCAAAAUUUGUUGUAUCAAGAGAAUACUUACAAAUAUAUUUGUAUUUUCAUUAAGUAAUAUUUAGUAGUAUUUUUUAGUUACAUAUGUGAAUAAUGACAAAAAUCAAAUUUCUAUAGAUUUUUUUUUUGUUUGCAAAGAUUAAUUGUUGUGUACAGAUAUACAUUAUAUUCCCCUUUAUUCCUACCUUUCUUCUCACUUACAACAGUGGCCCAUCCAUAGUAUAUCUCUAUGUUGUUAAUUUAACUUUCAUGUUUACUGGCCACUAGGUUUAUUGAUUAUAAAUUUUAAACUCAUACAUUUUAAUUGUUCUCCAUUCACCACCAUAACUUAUAAUUCAUAGGUAUUAAUCAUAAUAUUAUAUUUCAAAAGAUUUCCAUGAAAUUAUGACUUAUUGAAAUAAGUUAUCAGAAGUUUUUUUAUGUGGCUAAAAUUAAUGUAACACUGGUAUUUAAAAAAAAAAAAAAAAGAAGUCCUAGAAUAAUGGUGUCAGAUGCAGCUAUUGUUAUAAGUAGUUUAAUUGUAGCCUGUAGAGCAAUGAUAAACCAUUGCUAAUGAAAUACGAUUCUGAGCAGAGUUAAGUUGAUAGUGACGCUUUGUCAACAAUAUAUACCUAUGUCACAUUAUGGUAAACUUCUAAUUAUUCCAAUUCCAAAAUUAAAAUGGAUCCCAAAUGUUCACAUUUGUUAAGAAAACUACUCAGAAAAUCGAAAAAUGUAAUCUCUUACAUUGGCAUGGUGUUAACUCCUAUUCUAGAUAGUUGUAAAGUUGUGAAAAAUAAAAUAAAAUAAUUAAAAAUCAGUCAUAAACUAUAAAAAUAAGAGGUAGCAUUUAUUUAUUUAUUUGUCCCCACUGAAGUACAAUUAUCUCAAAUAAACAUCAUUGUAAAAUCAAUAUACAUUCUUCGCUAUACUCAGAAUCUAAAAUGUAAAAAGGUCUGUUUAGGAAAUCACACUGUCUAUUUUUGGCAUGUAAAAAGAGACUAUGUAGAGUGUUUACUCUAUGUUUACAGGUAAAAAGGUCAUUUUUGAAGGAAUUUACAUGUAGCCCUCUAGAGUAAAUUCCCAGUAAAUUUUCCUUUCAGAAAAAUGUUGCUAUCAUUAUAAGUUAGAGCAAAACUGAUAGAAAAGUUGUAGACAGAAAAAAAAAAUAAUAAUAAUAAACAUCUUGGUAAAAAUAUAAGUUGCUUAUGAGAAUCUGUACCCUAUAAAUGGGUAUUGAUCAAUAGAUUAGUGGAAAAGUCUUAGUUUAAGUUUUUCAUUAAGAUUUAACAAAAAAAAAAUUUUAAAUGUGGAAAACCAGCACUUUUAAAAAAAUAAUUUGAACAUUCCUAAAAUUACCAAGAAUUCAGAUUAUAUGCUAUUUAUUAGUGAGUACAUUGUGUAAACAAUUAAAUAUUUAUCACUAUGCAUAUGACAACUUCCAUUAGAUAUUCAGUAUUGUUUAGUUAUUAUCUAUAAUAAAAGUGUAAUUAUUAGUUGUAUAUUCUUUAAUUUUAAAAUGCUCUGUCUACUUCAUCUUCGGGAUUAAAACUUUUGGUUAAAUUUUAUGAUUAAAUAGGUGUCUUAUAAAGAUUCUACAAAUAUAAUAAUUUGUUUCAUUAAAUAUUUAAGUAUUACUUUUUUAUUUUAAAAACCUUGUGCUAUGAUGAUUCCUCCAUUAUAUAUUCAUUUAAAACAAGAAUCUAAAAUAAUAUUUAGUAUGGAAAUUGGUGAAUCAAUUGAUAUUAUUUAGUAGUAGCUACUAAGAUAAUUUAAAUUAUCUUUUAAAAACUUCAAACUACUACUAAAUUUUUCCAUUCUGAGCUAAGUGAAGAAUGUAUUAGUUUUUAAUGAUGUUUAUUUUUUUAUAUAAUAUACAUUUUUAAAUAAUAUACAUCAAAUAUUUCAGUUAACAUUAAUGUAUAUUUAGAUAAAUAUUUUUUUAUUGUUGGUAAUCAAAAAUUUUUUUUUCAGUUUAUAGGUUUAACUAUGUUGAAUCCAUAUUUAAAACUAAAGAUUUUGUGACAUUACGAAGAGCUUGUGAAGAAGUUCAUGCAAAACAACCCAAUGAUGUGAAUGUUAUAAUUUUGUUGAUGAUAUCCUAUUAUAUGCUGGAUAGGGAAGACAAAUCUAUAGAAAUUUUGCAUAAAGUUCCAGAGAAAUACACUAAAAAUAUUGAAGGAAUAAAUAAUUCAGAAGAAUAUUAUUUUCCAAAUGCCAAAAAUGAUUAUCAUUUAGAAAUGUUCAAAAACAAAUAUUUCAUUGAAUGUUGGUUUAAUUUUAUUACCAAAUUAAUAGAAAUGAAAAAAUAUGAUAAUGCUAUUCAAGCCCUUAACAUAAUAAUUCAUUGUGAGAGUAAUUUAAUUAAACCAUAUACUGUAUAUGGCCAAUUAAUGAUAAAAUUAAAAAAGUUUGACGAAGCAAAUUCCUUUUUUCAAGUGGGUUUAAACCUAAAUCCUAGAUCAGAUGAAUCUUGGGCAGGCAUUGGAGACAACUUUGCAUCUACUAAAAAAUAUAAUAGUGCAAUUAUAUGUUAUGAAAAAGCACUAGAAUUUAAUUCAACUUCUGUAACUCAUCAUAUAAAUUUAGGAUUCAUGUAUUAUCGACUGCAACAAUAUUGUAAAGCAAUUUUUUAUUUGAAUUGUGCUCAUCAGAAGGGUACAAUAUCAAAUAUAAGUAGUUUACGUUUACUGGGUCAUGCAUAUUUUAAAACUGGAAAUGUUGAUUCUGCUAUGAAAACUUACUCUUUGUGUUUGAAAUAUGAACCCAAUUGUUCAAUUGUAAUGCAUGAUAUGGGCACAAUAUAUUUAAAUCACUUAAACAAUGCAAAAGCUGCUGAAAAAUGUUUUAAAUUGUGUGUUAGCAUAAAUAAAGAAAAGGUUUUAUAUUAUAAAUCUCUUACUCGUGCAUAUGAACUGUUGGAUAAAACGGACUUGGCUUUUAAAACUACUAUACAGUGGGCUGAAGUACUCAUAUCUAAAAAACAAUAUAUUCAUGCGAUUAAUUUAUUAAAUCAUGCUAGCCAACUGGUUCCUAAUAAUUAUUAUUCCCAAUGGAAAUUGGAAAUUAUGUUCUCUAAAUUGGGGCUUGAUCGUACAGAUUUUUGAGGUAAAUAAUCUUACACAAUAUUUUGAUAAAUAUAAUAUCAUCCUUUAUAAUAUUUUUAAAGAUUCAGCUUAAUUUAAAAAUGUAUUGUUAUCAUUUUGCAUAAGACGAAUAAAGAAAAUAUUAUUAUAAAUAAGUCUGGUUUUCUAUUUUGACUGUGAUAUACCUGAUAAUGAAUUUUUAAUUUGAAACUGGUCAUAUACUUAAGGCGCAAUGAUUCAUUUAUUUAUUUAAUUUUUAUAUAUAAAUUGUUUAUUUGUAUAUUU